CAGUUUGCAUAAAUGCUUGAACUUAAACAUCGACGCAUAUUCCCUAACAAAAUCGUCUAUCUAUGAAUGAUUAUAAUAUUUGUAUGUAUUUUCAGGACUGUUGAGGGAAUAUUGCCGCCUAUUAACGGAGUGACAGUAUGUACCAGCUCUGAACCAGGUCGUUUCGAAAUGAUGUGAUAAAUAAAUGGAACUGUGAAAUAUGCUUCAGCACAACUGGCGACAGCUAUUGGCGGAGGUACUGAUCUGAAAUAUAUUUAACAGAGGAAUACUAUGUUACGUUUCCCAGUGGCUUGUUCGCGCAUGUAAUAAUAGUGGUAACAUUGGAACUAUGAAGCGUCAAGCGGAUUAUAAUUAAAAAUCUUAAAUCCACAUUUCAAGACGGAUGCAAAAGGAAACUUGAUAACGAAGCCAUGGAAAGUACGGCAUUGUGGCUAGGAAAUCACAGAUGUGAUCAUAUACUGAAAUGUUUCUGCAUUCUACUGCUGUGUUCUUUUGGAAAAGCGUUUCACUCACAAGAUGAAUUUCUGGCCAGUCUCAAACAUUAUGACGUCAUCAUUCCAUCUCUUGUCACCAGUGAAGGCAGUCACGUGUCUUACGCCUUACACCCGAGUCAUUCAUUGCGCAGGCGCAGUGUUAACGACGACGUGCAAUCUACAGAAAAUACUCUUCAUUACAGUGUGCAUAUAGACAAUAAACCUCACGUUUUGCAAUUACAACAGAAUGAGAAGUUGAUAUCACCUGGUUUAGUGAUAGAAAGACGUAAAAAUCGAUUCAAAAACGUGACGGAUUCGUCCUUUUCUCGCCUUUCUGAGACUCAGACAAACUGCCAUUUUAUUGGAAGUGUUUUGAACCAGUCUUAUUCUAGAGUUGCUGUAGGAGCAUGCAAUGGACUGCACGGCUUCAUUCACACGGAUAAGGAGCAGUAUUUCAUAGAACCAUUGAAGAGGGAUGCUGUGACGUCAGAGGGUCACCACCGUCACGUUAUCUACAAACGCUCCUCGCUACCGGAGGGCCUCGACAUUGACAGGGCGGAACAUGGGCGUAAGGACAGGUCAUGUGGGGUGCGAGAGACUGCCCGAGCCAACGAGCAACGGGAGCGAUGGGAGAGCCACCAGCGGAGGCGUCGAGAGGGCCGGGCGGGGGCGGGGGCGGAUCACAGUCGGAAGAAGCGGUCAUUUUCCACGGAGCGGUACGUGGAGACGCUGAUUGUGGUGGACCCGAGUAUGAUCGCGUACCACAAGAACGAGCACCUCGAGACUUACGUCCUCACCAUCAUGAAUAUGGUGUCUGUGAUGUUCCACGACGCGAGCAUCGGCAAUUCUAUCAAUAUUGUGCUCGUGCGGAUACUGCUCAUGGAGGAAGAACAGGACGAGCUGCUGAUCACUCACCACGCGGACAGGACGCUCACCAGCUUCUGUAAGUUCCAGCAGCGUAUCAACUUCAAGGACGACGACCACCCCAGCCAUCAUGACGUAGCAGUUCUCCUUACCAGGAAAAACAUCUGUUCGCGUCUCAACGAGCCGUGCGGAACGCUAGGCCUGGCGCAGGUAUCCGGGAUGUGUCAGCCGCACAGGAGUUGCAGCGUGAGCGAGGAUACGGGGCUCGCACUGGCCUACACAGUCACACACGAGAUGGGACACAAUUUUGGGAUGCCCCACGACGGCCCUCACAACGGGUGCAUAGACCCGCCGGGCCUCCAGCUGUUCAUCAUGUCGCCCAGCCUUGUGGCGGACAGUCGGGCGAAGACCUGGUCCAAUUGCAGCAGGGAGGCCAUCACCAAGUUCAUAGAUCGUGACUGGGGGUACUGCCUGGACGACGAGCCGGCGGGCCCUCGCUACCAACUUCCGGUGCUCCCGCCAGGAACCAUGUACGACGCCGAACACCAGUGUCGUCUGCAGUAUGGUACGGACAACGCCACUGUUUGCUCCAACGAACAGGACGUGUGUUCAAACCUCUGGUGCCGCGUAGACUCGCGCUGCUCCACCCACCUGGAGGCGGCCGCCGAGGGAACCAUCUGUGGGACCAACAUGUGGUGUUACGAAGGCAAAUGUGUGACGAUCGGUGAGCGACCAGAAGCGAUAAACGGGGAGUGGGGUCAGUGGACGUCAUGGACGCAAUGCACGCGCACGUGUGGCGCCGGCGUCUCGCACUCCUCUCGCCACUGUGAUAACCCCGCUCCCUCUCAUGGUGGAAAGUACUGCCUUGGAGAACGGAGGCGCUUCCGAAUCUGCAACACCGAGGAGUGCCCGGAUGAGAAUAGUUUCCAGGAGGCCCAGUGCGAGGAGUUUAACGUGGUCCCGUACAAGGGCGCAUUCUACCACUGGGAACAUGUCAACACACCAGAGACGCCGUGCCAGCUACACUGUAAACCGCGGGAGCAGUUUUUCUCCGUGUUGCUCAGAGAUAUCGUGGAGGACGGCACACCGUGCACCCCCGGGACCCGCAACAUGUGCAUCUCUGGAAGAUGUAGGCACAUAGGUUGCGACUACGCGAUCGACUCGACGGCACGUGAAGAUCGGUGCGGAAUCUGUCACGGAGACGGUACCACGUGCACCACCGUCAAGUCACGCUUCACGGACUCACAGGGGCUCGGUUACGUGGAGGCUGGUGUGAUUCCAAAAGGCGCCCGGAACAUCCGGGUUGAGGAGGUCGCCGAGGCCAGCAACUUUCUCGCUCUCCAAAAUGACAAAGGCGAGUACUUACUGAAUGGUCACUGGUUCAUUCAGUGGAGCGGCGAGUACAAGGCUGCGGGCACCACUAUCCAGUACAAGCGUGUCGGCAACCACGAACUUGUUAAGGCUCCCGGGCCGCUCAGGGAACCGCUACAUGUCAUGUUGCUGAUGCAGUCGUCAAACCCCGGGAUAUCGUUCGAGUACACAGUGCCCAAGUUGAACAUCUCCGAGUACCGCGAGCCCGAGUUCUACUGGCACUACCAGCCCUGGACACACUGCACGGCCUCGUGCGGAGGAGGUAGUCAGCGAUCCGAGAUCGUGUGCAUGGAGCUGGAGGCGGGACUUGUUGAGGACAAGUACUGUGACGCGAACAACAAACCAGACGACAAACAACGCGUCUGCAAUGAGCACCAGUGUCCUGCUAGAUGGUGGACGGGUCCGUGGCAGCACUGCUCGAUGACAUGUGGUGAGAGUGGCGUACACCAGCGUACCGUGAUUUGCGUGCGCAGCCUGGGACCGGAAGAGCAGAUCGCUUUGGACGACGAAGCCUGCGACACCUCCGAAAAGCCGCCGGAGGUGGAACACUGCCACCGGAAGGACCCGUGUCCUGGCAACAGCACGUGGGUCACCGGCGAGUGGUCGGAUUGUGAUGCAAAUCCGUGUGGCCUGAAGUACCGGUCCGUGUGGUGUAAGGAAGCCGACAUCGGUUGUCAAGCCAACACCAUUCCGCCUUCUGAGGCACCCUGCACGGGAGUUGGGUGUGGGGAGUGGGCUGCUGAAGACUGGAGCCAGUGCACGGUGAGUUGUGGGGAGGGUCGACAGACGCGCCGGGUGUGGUGUGAAGGAGGUGACCACUGUGACUUACCUCUGGAGCCCAUACCCAAUCAGCCGUGCAACCUGGGACCAUGCCCCACCACCGCCAUUCCCACUACCACCACCACAACCACAUCAACGACUAUACAAACAACAGCAAGAACAACUGUACAAUCCGCAGCAACAACCGUUCCAUCUUCUUCGCUAACCACAACUAUCGCAAAGACAAUCAGCAAACAUCCUUCAUCAGUUAAAAUUGAAUCUCCUGAAGACGAAAAUGUUGCUGAUGUUACUGAACACAAGACAAGUAAACAUAUAGAACGUACAGUUGCUAAUACAGUUGAAACACCUGCAACAGACGUACCAUCUGAUUCAAUUGAAAAGUCGCAUGAAGCGACAAACGAUUCCUCUAUGACAGAUAUUAAUGGCACCGUCGCAACAGGAAGCGUCAAUGCUGAUGAAGAUUUCAUAGAAAUAGAGGAUAUUCACAAUAAAGAAAAGCAGACCGAUGAUUCAUUACAUUUAAUUCUUCAUGACUCCAAAGAAAAUGACGAUACUACAGGAAACGUUGUACCAACAUCUGCAAGCAAGUUUUCAACAGAUGAAAGACCUGAAACAACUAUUGAAAUAGACACAACUACAAUAAUGCGACACCCACAUAGACACCAUAAAGGUGAGGGAGAUAUUGACGAACCGAUAGAACAUGAUAUUACAACGGAAGUCUUAAUAAAGGAAGAUGAGGGUGUGGUUAAAAGUAAUAAAGAAGUUGAUGAUGAUGCUGAUGGUGACGUUGUACGUUCGGAACAAGUAGUUAAUACCACAGCACAAGACAGAAAAAAUAUAAGUGAGAAAUUACGGAAUACUGAAAUGCCAGACAAUAGUGUACAAGAACAUGACAAGAAAGAUGAAAAUACAGACAUAGCACAGAAAAAUCUCCAACUGCUGUUACCAAAAGCAGAUGGCGAACCACAUUUACCGGUUAUUGAAGAUUUCGGAUCGUUGCCGGAUCUAGGAAUCCUACAUCAGUUGCCUGAUAACAAACACUCACUUCUUAAAGGUCUUCCAUCACUAGAAGACUUACCACAAUUAGCAGAAGAAGACCUUUCUGUAACAGACACUCAAAUAUUAUCACAUCUUCCCGGUCAAGACAAAUCGAAAGGGCACGAACAUUCCGAAAACUACAUAGUGAAUAAGCAUACAGCGCCGCGGAAUAAGAUAGGCAAUGCUAUUCAUGCUGACAGCAGUGGUGCUAAAAAUUACAAACCAAUUUUACCUCAGCACGAACAUGAGAUUACUGAAAAACCAUCAAAAGAUAUUACAGAAACCGAUCUACCUCUUGAUGUAAUACCCGAAACAAGUGAUCUCUUACACUCAAUGCCAGCAGAGGAAAAUAUUAAACUAGGUGAUAUAGCUGCACCAGACAUGGGAGGCUCCCUGAAGCUAGACUCCUUGGACUCCAUCAAGGAGGAGCUGGGUGAUAACCUGAAGAUGCCGGAAGGAGCAGUGUUCGGGUUGCCACCGGGUUCGGUAGGGACCAUGCCAGUGGUGGACGAACAUACGAGGCGGCAGUACGAGUGGCGGCCAGCUGACUGGACCGAGUGUUCGCGGCCAUGUGGUGGCGGAGUGCGGACGCGGGUGGUUCAAUGUAUCAGACGGACAGACGACGCGGAGGGCGACACCAUCUACUGUGAUAUCAACACUCGCCCGUCAGCCAUUGAGGACUGUAACAAAGACACCUGCUUAGAAUGGAAUAUGUCGCCAUGGGGACAGUGUUCAUCUGAGUGCGGGUCUAGCUGGAGGCGGCGGUUAGUGGAGUGCCCGGGCGAGGGCGCUUGCGACUCUAAGUCACGGCCCAACACCGAGGAGCCCUGUGACAAACCAAAGUGCGUCAUCUGGGUAUCAGGACAAUGGAGCAAGUGUACCCAGGAGUGUGGGGGCGGAGAGCAGUACCGGCUCGUUCAGUGCGUCAACGUGACGUCACAGCGUCCCUCGCACGGGUGUAAUCGCCAGGAGCGCCCAGACGAAACACAGGCUUGUAAUACAGACGAUUGUGCAAACAAAAACGCAGCGAUGUCAAUCCAAUGCCAACAUAACGAGAUGUCUUCCAUCGCCUGCCGGGCCCUGAUGAAUAUGGGUCAAUGCCACAAGCGCUUUGUCGCUCUCAAGUGCUGUAAAACGUGCAGUCAAGCAGAACACAGACGCGCGAACAAACUGCGGCCACACGACAAGGCGCUCAGAUGAUAGCACUCUCUCUGUUUGUCGCCAUGUGUUUAUUGUAGAAUUCAACGACAUGGUUUAGGGGAGGCGUCCAUCCGCUACCGUUUGUCUAUCAAACAACUGCAAGAUACAUCUAUAAAAGGACGCCCCGAGUUAUGAUAGAAUUAAAGCACCAUUUAAAUGGUGCUCAGUAUUAGAAAAGCUCGACAAGAUUGAGGUUGCAUGCGCCCCAGACCCGGUGGCCAUUAUCGACUGGGUGUCAUUCGACAGUUAGAAGAAAAUAGGAAAAGAAAUAUUCUCUUGUAUAUAGGCUUUUAUGCUGAAAUGGAAAUGAAUUCUGCGUUCGGGAGUAGCUUUGUGUUCUUAUUUUCACGCACGACUUGUUUUUUUCUCGAUGUGUGCCAGGUUAUUGUGGCAUGAAUAUUUGUAUGAUAAAGCUUUGAUUUCAUGAUGUUAUCAUUAAAUUUUGUAAGAUAAACAAACAGAUGUUACCGGUAUUAAUAUUUGAGAUAUUGUCCUUUGCAUUUGUAUUUGCUGACUCCAUUUACAUAUUUGUUUAUAUUUGUUAAUGUCCAUUAUUUACAACCAUUUUCCGUAAUUUAAUACUUUUAAAUAGUAAAAAAUAUA